AUGAUUAGGAAGGUAACCUAUAGCCUGGGAAGACGUGUGUCCGCUGUGGCAUGUGGGACCACCCAGGUGAGAAGAUUUCUCCAUGAUGCUUAUGUCAGGAUUCAGCCCUCCGUACAAGAAGCCCUGGUGGAGGGGAGACCAGUUGUAGCCUUGGAAAGCACUAUCAUUACCCAUGGCAUGGCCUAUCCUCAGAAUCUGAGCAUGGCCAGAGAAGUGGAAGAAAUUGUAACAAGAAACGGAGCAGUACCAGCCACUGUCGGUAUUUUAAGGGGUCAAAUACACGUGGGACUCACAGACAAGGAGCUUGAGUUCUUGGCAAGCAGUAAAAAUGUAGUUAAAGUGUCCCGGAGAGAUCUUCCCUUCGUCCUCAGCCAGGGCUUGUCCGGUGGCACUACCGUGUCUGGAACAAUGAUUGCGGCACACAAAGCAGGAAUCCCCGUGUUUGUGACGGGCGGCAUAGGAGGCGUCCAUCGGGGAGGAGAGAACACUCUGGAUGUGAGUGCUGACUUGACAGAGCUAGGACGAACUCCGGUUGCUGUUGUAUCUGCAGGAGUCAAGUCUAUCCUUGAUAUUGGCAGGACACUGGAAUAUUUGGAGACUCAGGGAGUCUGCGUGGCUGCCUUUGGGGAGUCGAGGGAGUUCCCAGCCUUCUUCUCACGCCAGAGUGGCUUCCAGGCACCAUAUCACGUCCGGGAUGAAGAGGAGGCAGCUGAACUCAUCGCCAGUGCUCUGGGGCUAGGCCUGAGCAGCGGGGUGCUGAUAGCAGUGCCCUGUCCCCAGGAGCGAGCUGCCUCCGGCCAGGCCUUGGAAGAGGCCAUCCAGCGAGUGCUCAGCGAAGCCAGAUCCAAGGGGAUCGCAGGCAAAGAACUGACCCCUUUUAUGUUACAGAAGCUCAAUGAAUUAACUGAUGGGAAAUCGCUGGACUCUAACCUUGCUCUGAUCCAGAACAAUGCCAAAGUGGGCAGCUGCAUUGCAGUGGCCCUGAGCAAACUACAGAAAGCCAGAAGGAAGGGGAACCUGCCUCGGCAAGAGGACACAACCCCACCUCAGCCAGUGGUGAUUGGAGGUGUCAACGUUGACUUUAUAGCCAAGGUGCAGAACCCUGUCAUCCUGGGCAAUGGGCAGACAAACGCUGGAAGGGUGAGACGAACCUUUGGCGGCGUUGGAAGAAACUUGGCAGACUGUUUAAGCCGUCUGGGACAGACUCCUCUUUUUCUGUCAGCCGUGGGGAAAGAUGAACAUUCAGAGUCCAUCCUGCACUACUGUCGCCACAUGGAAAUGAGCGCCGUCCUUCAGCUGGAGGGGAACACAGCCACUUACUGUGCAGUGAUCACGAGCGCUGGGGAGCUCAGCGUCGGCUUGGGAGAUAUGGACAUCCACGGCCAGAUCACAGAGCAAUACGUGUCCCAGUUCAAGGAGAUCCUGUGCCAGGCCCCGCUGGUUUGCAUUGAUGGAAACGUGCCUCUUUCCACUAUCCAGUAUGUCUGCCAACUAGCUAGAGAGCAUCAGCUAGCAGUGUGCUAUGAGCCAACAGAUGAGAACAAGGCCUCUAAGCCAUUCCUCUCAGACAGCUGGAAAGCGCUCACAUACAUUUCCCCCAACCUGCAAGAGCUAAGAGCAAUAAAUCGGACCCUCGGGAACCCUCUGCCAGCAGAGCUGCCAUCCAGGUUGGAGGAUGUUGUCCAGACUGCAGUGGCCUUGGCCCGCCCGUUGCUGGCCCACCUGUGCUGUGUGGUGGUGACCCUCGGCGCUGACGGUGUCCUCCUGUGUGGCCGGAGCCUGGGAGGGACCAUCUCGCUUCGUCCAGGAGCUGACGGACAGCCUGCCGCGGACGGCCUCUGUGCCAGCCACUACCCCGCCAUCCACAUCAGCCGGGAGGAGAUAGUCAACGUCUCAGGAGCCGGCGACAGCUUAAUGGCAGGCAUCCUUGCCGGGAUGCUUGCGGAACACGACACGGAUACCUGUGUCCGGAUGGGUCUGCUCGCUGCAAACUUGUCUCUCCGUUCCUAUGAGCCCAUUUCCCCAGAAAUCAACGCUUCCAGUGUCAGCCAGGAGCAAGUCAAGAGCAGGAGCUGGCCAGAGGCAAAGGUAUGGAAGAUGGACUAG